CACUAACGACCUCACUAAAUAUCAGUUCAACUAUCUGAUUUCUUAGUGUUAGUACGACAGUUGUCUAACACCGUUUUUUAGGACUCGGAGUGCACCGAGCUAUCAUACUACUUAAUAUUUCAUAAUUUCAUUUCCCAUCUUCCUAGUGAAAAGAUUCAUUAUAUAAUUUGUAAGCAUCUAGGGGUACCCACUAGGUCAUACAAGUUACAUCACCUUAAAUUAGGAUUUAUUAUAUUUUUAUUUCAUCUUCAGUAGUAUUUUAACUCGUUCUAUCGCUUCAUAUAUCAAAAAUCAUUCAGUAUCAAUCUAGUUUUAGUCUUUAGUCUUAGUCUCAGUCUCACUUCUCCACUUGCCCCAUGCGUGAUUCUAACUACAAAUCUAUAUCAGCCAAUAAGGCAGCAGUCACCAUUACCAGUAGUCUUUAUGAUAGAAGAGCUUUGGAUGUCACAUCAGAUAAACCGUUAGUUAAUUCUUUAAAUUAUUUAACCUAUCUUGUAUCAUCACUGGCUAAAGUAAGAGAAACAUUAUCUAUCGAUGGAGGAAUUGAAAGAUUGAUUGAAAUUUUACAUGAAUGUCACAAUUCUACAUUUAAUGCUUCAGACAAUAUAUUUAAUAGUGAAAAGAAAUUAUUAACAGCAUGGAAAUGGACUCUUGCCUUUCAAUGUUUGGUAUUGGUAGGUACUAGAGGUACAGAAAAGAUAAGGCAAAAAGUGGUAAAAGCUGGUAUUUUACCUAUUAUUGCAACUGUAUUGGAUAAUUAUCUUUCUAUUCAUGAAAGAACUUUUAUUCAUGCCAAUUCCAGAACUCAGCAGCUGCUGCAAUACUCUCAACAGCAACCUCCACAACAACAACAACAACAACAACCUCAACAGCAGCAGCAGCAACAACAGCAACAACAGCAACAUCAACAGCAGCAACAACAGCAACAACAGCAACAACAACAGCAGCAACAACCAUCAUUGGUUACUACAAAUGAUCAAAUCCCUUUCGAUAUAUCGGUUGCCAACACUUGGAAUAGAGGUGGAGCUGUUCUAGCUGCUGGAGCCACUGUAGAUCCAACAGUUGCACCAACAGUUGCACCUGCGACUGUAAACCCUAAUCUUGGAGGUCCAAUGGUUGGAAUAACUGGAUUUAAUGAUGCAAAUAGUAAUGAUUCAAGAUAUUUACUUGAUAUGAAUGUAAUGCAGGUUCCAUUACAACUUUCAUCAUCUACGGCUAGUAAUUUAGAUCAAUCAAUGACUCAACAAAAUCCAUAUCUUGCAUAUUUUAAUGGUAGUCUUCCUCAUAGUCUUACAAGUGAUGAUUAUAAUAAUUUAACUAUUGAUCAAUUAGUUCGAUUAUCUCGAUCUAAUAAUUUUGCUCCUUAUAAAAUUGGUAGUUCAAAUCAAUUUAAAAGUACUACAAUUAAUAAUGAUAUAAGAAGAAGGUAUAUAAUUGCAAAUUUAAUUAAAAAAUUACGAGAAGAAAAAGAUAAUGAAUUAGUUGAUGAUACAGUAUUAAUGGAUUGGGAUUAUGAAAUGGAUAAUAAUUUAAGAUUUUUAUCGGAUUUAUAUAUUCAAGAUAUUGAAUCCAAUAAAACUAUGUUUAAUAGUAAAAUUGCUGUACGAAAUUUUACUGAUACAGGAGUUGUUAUUCCACGAGAUGAUGAUAUUGUAUGGUCAUUACAACUUUUGGCAUAUAUUUCCAAAUAUCCUUAUUUAAAAGAUGUUCUACAAAAUACUCAUUAUAUUGUUGAUAUGAGUAUUCGAGAUAAACAAUUGAAACUCUUUUUACAAAAACAAAUGAAAUUAAAAUUGAAAAAGAAUCUUGAUGUUAAUUUAAGACCAACUAUAACUCCUAAAUCAAGAAAGACAAAAACCACUUAUAUUGAAAGAUUUAAUCCUUCACCUUCAAAUUCUCCUCAAAUGUUAAAUGAUAUAAAUACUAUUCAUGAUGAUAAUUUCUUAUUAGAAGAAGAUAAAUUUGAAUUAGGUAAUAAAGCUGAACAAUCAGGUUUAACAGAAACAGCUGAAAUUGAAGAUGAAGAGGAUGAAAGUGAAGAAUUUGAAGAAGAAGAAGAUCCUUCUGAUAAAAGUGAUAGUGAAAUUCUUGAAAAGGAAAAUAUUAAUUUAAUUAAUGAAGUUAUUAAUAAUAAUAGUGAUUAUUUAACUAAAUUAUAUGAAUCAAUUAUUGAUUGUGAAUCUUUAACUAAUAAUUUAGAACGAGAAAUUGCAUUAUGUCAAAUUAAUGAUAAAAUUAAUACAUUUAUUGAAUUGGAAUGUAAGAAAUUAACCAAUUCAAUUAUUGAUAAACGGAAAGAAUUUAAGGAUUUCUUAACUAAAAAAUGGAGUUAUGAUGAUUAUGAACAUUUUGAUGUAGAUGAAGAUCAUGAGGAUUUAGAUCCAUCCUUGACAGAAUUUAGAAAGGCCAAUUUAUUCCCAAUUGUUGAGAAAUUUACGUUUUUGGCUGGGACAGAUAUGUAUUAUUGGUCAGGAGUUAUUAUGAGAAAUUCAUGUCGUAGAAAUGAAUUAAGAGGUGGGGUUAGACAAUGUGGUAAUCUUGAUUGUGGGAAAUGGGAACAAUUUCCUAGAGAAUUUCUGAAAUGUAGAAGAUGUAAACGUACUAAAUAUUGUUCUAGAGAAUGUCAAAUGAAAGCAUGGCAUUGUCAUAGAAAUUGGUGUAUUCCAAGUACUUCAAGUACUGGUACAAGUACAACAGCAGCCACAAGUCAAAAUCAAACAAAUCAUGGAGGUAAUGCAGGGUCAAGUAGAGGAAUUGAUACAGAAGGAGUUGAAGAAGAUCAAGAAAGUCAGCAUGAACAUGAACAUGACCAUGAACACGACCAUGGACAGGAAAAUGAUCAGGAACAUGAUCAUGAACACGUAUUAUCGUGAUAUCUCGUAUAUUUGUUAUUUAUUGUAAGUUAGUUUAGCUUUGGGAAUAUUUGUAUUGGGAUUUAGUUCAUGGAUUACACAUUUUAUAAUUAUUAUUUUUAUUAUUAUUAUUAACAAUUUUGACCCUAAUUUAUAUUAAUAUUAAUAUUAAUAUCAUUAUUAUCAUUUAUUGAUAUUAUUAUCUAACUUAUACGAUAAGUUUUGUACGUUUACGAUUAGCAAUUGUUUGUUUGUAAUAGUUUAGAGCUCGGAGUCUUUAAAACUUCCCGAUCUAUAGAAGAAUUUAUUACUUGUUUUGUAUGAUUUGAAUGAAAUUAAAAAUAUUACUCAUGUACUUUUAUAAUAAUACGUGUACUCAACGCACAGGGUCUAUAAAUUGACAGGUUUAG